UCUGUAGUGCCCUCCAUAAAGCUGUUGCUCAUUCGGCUGUAAUCCUUACCCCUGGCUAUGGGGGGCGGGGGUUAGGCUAGGCCCUAUUGAAUUCAACAGGAGUUACUUCAGCGUGGACAUGGUGCGCCGCUAUGGUUAGGAUUGCGCUGUUAGUAAGGUGGUGAAUAGAGCAGUAUCUCGGGGAUCGCAGAGAGCCAACACAAAACUCAUCUGAUCACUGGCCCGAAAGUGGAUCUAUAGACUUAAAUUUGAGACCAACGCACAGGAUCUAAUUUCGGGUGUCCCAUGGAACAAAGAUUUGUAUCCCAAGCAAAGCAGGAGGCUAAAAAUGGCAAUCUGGAAGAAUCUAUCCACCUUUUUAGGCAGGCACUUGCAAUCCGCCCAAGUGAAAAGCUGACAGUGAAUAUAAAAAAGCUGGAGGAAGCAUUAGCUUCGUUGGCCCUGGAUCAGGAGGAGGAUGGCUUUGUGGAUGUAUGUCAGAGUGGACUAAUGUUGUACGGAGAAAUGUAUGACAAUCUGUUUGACCAUCAGAGAGAAGGGAUUGCCUUCUUAUACAGUCUAUACCGUGAUGGAAGGAAAGGUGGCAUCCUAGCCGAUGACAUGGGCUUGGGAAAAACCAUUCAGAUAAUUGCUUUCCUCUCCGGCAUGUUUGAUGCAGAACUCGUCCGGAGUGUGCUGCUAAUUAUGCCAACCACCCUUGUUAGCAACUGGAUUAAAGAGUUUGCCAAAUGGACCCCAGGGCUGCGAGUGAAAGUCUUUCACGGGACCUGCAAGGCUGAGCGCAGCAGAAAUCUAGAGCGGAUCCAGCGGCGGAACGGCGUCUUGCUCACCACUUACCAGAUGCUCCUCAACAACUGGCAGCAGCUCUGUAGCUUUGGUGGGAAGGAGUUUGUUUGGGACUAUGUCAUCCUUGACGAAGCACACAAAAUUAAAUCUCCUUCUGCCAAAACGACCAAAUUGGCGCAUGCCAUCCCUUCAAAAAACCGCAUCUUGCUCACGGGGACGCCAGUGCAGAACAACCUAAAAGAACUGUGGGCUCUCUUUGACUUUGCUUGUCAGGGAUCGCUUUUGGGCACAAGCAAAACCUUCAAGAUGGAAUACGAAAAUCCUAUCACAAGAGCAAGAGCAAAGGAUGCAACCCCGGGAGAGAAAGCACUGGGGCUUAAGAUCUCUGAAAAUCUUAUCUCUAUCAUCAAGCCAUAUUUCCUAAGACGAAGUAAAGAUGAACUACAGAAUAAAGUUAUGCCUGAACUUAAAAGCAAUCUCCCGGGAGAUCAAAGUAAGGCUGCUGCUCCUGCGAUGCCUUCACUGCCCAGAAAAAAUGAUUUCAUAGUGUGGGUGUAUUUAUCACCCAUACAAGAAAAAAUUUAUAGGGACUUCUUGUCCUUGGAUCAUAUCAAGGAGUUGUUAAUGACUAUACGGUCCCCACUGGCUGAACUGAACAUCUUGAAGAAGCUCUGUGAUCACCCCAGACUGUUGUCGGCUCGGGCGUGUAGCCAACUUGGUCUGGAAGCCUCCAAUGACAAUGAGCCAUAUGAUGGCGAAAACAAUGGACUUUCAGGUAUGAUGAGAAACAUUGAACACAUUUCUGAUGAGAUUCUGAUUGAGGAGUCAGGAAAGCUGUGUUUCCUUGUGGCCCUGCUGGAAAGGCUGCAAGAGGAAGGUCACAGAACCCUGGUGUUUUCCCAGUCAAGAAAAAUGCUAGAUAUUAUAGAGCGUAUCUUAACUUGCAGGCGCUUUAAACUCAUGCGCAUUGAUGGGACAGUGACUCAUUUGGUGGAGCGCGAAAAGAGGAUUGGUGUCUUUCAGAAUGGCAAAGACUACUCAGUGUUUCUGCUUACCACCCAAGUAGGUGGGGUUGGUAUAACACUAACGGCUGCUACCAGAGUGGUGAUUUUUGAUCCUAGCUGGAAUCCAGCUACAGAUGCUCAAGCAGUGGACAGAGUUUACAGAAUUGGGCAGAAAGAGAAUGUCGUAAUCUACCGGCUAAUUACCUGUGGGACAGUGGAAGAGAAAAUCUAUAGAAGGCAAGUCUUCAAAGACUCGCUAAUACGGCAAAGCACAGGAGACAACAAGAACCCAUACAGGUAUUUCACUAUGCAAGAACUAAGGGAGCUCUUCACCCUGGGAGAUACUCGCAGCUCCACAACACAGCUGCAACUGCAGUCCUUGCAUGCCACCCAAAGGAAGACAGAUACCCAUCUAGAUGAGCACAUUGCAUAUCUCCAUUCCCUGGAGAUAUUUGGCUUAUCAGACCAUGACUUGAUGUACACACACGAAACAGUUCAUGAUGACGAAGCUGAGGAUGAAGAAGCCCAAAAAUACAUUGAACACAGGGUGCAGAAAGCCCAAGAACUGGUACAGCUGGAAUCCCAACUGAAAGACCAAAUGAUGGGAAACCUCCAAAACACAACUGAAGGAGCAUGGCUGGGAGAAAUGGAAUCGUCCACCCAGCCAAAGAAAAAAAUGCUAAAGCCUUCUCCAAAUCACACUGUUGUUCCACCUGUGCCUCUUGAACCCACAAAGAAUGAUGAAGUUCUCAAUCUUGUAAGUGAUGAUGAUGAUGAGAUUGUCAAUGUGAGCUCUAAAAUGGAAAGUCUACUUAUUGAGGAUGAUGAGCAAGCGCUCCAGAACACAUCUAAUAUGGACACAUCGCUCUCCAAGAAGGAUGGAUGCAAACCAACCAGCCUACAGGAAUAUGAGCUAAACCGUGAACAAACUCCUGUAUCCUCCUUUACUGGAGCUCACUCAUCAUCUGAGAGGGAGAACUGCAGUCCUGAAUCGCAUGAGAUCUCCCCAGAUCUUCCUGUUGAGUCAAAAGGCAAAUUUAAUUAUGUCCAAGUGCCCCCAUUGCAGCAGUCAUUUGAAUAUGUGCCUGAUGAUGAUAAGCAACAAACUGAGACUGAAAUGUCUCUUGAUGUUUCUAUAAGCCCCCAGGGAGAGGCAGGUGGAGUUGCUGAGCUAGAUGCCUCAGCAGCACUUCAGCUGCAGACCAGUGAAAUGUCAGAGUUCAAUGCAGUGCAAAAAUCUGGAAUGAGUGAAACGAUGGUACAGGAUGAAUCACUAGCUGGUUCUCCCCUGUAUGAGGCUGAUUUCAACCUCAUCUUAGAUGAUUCUGAGGAUCAGCUGCAAGAUGUUUCAUCAAAAGAAAUGUCUCUGGAGAGUACAGAAAACACGGGAUUUCAUCUGAAAUUGGACAGCCGCUGCAGCUCUGUAGCUCACUCUGGGCUCAGAGAAAAUGGGGGCAACCAAAGUCUCCAAGCUAUCAAAAGUAAAACAGAAUCGAUGAUUGCUAGUGGCUCCAACACAGCAUGUGAUGCAUCAAUGGACAACAGCGAGCUUUCUUUUGGGCAUAAAAAGAAGCCAGUGAGAAGAAUAGAUUCAGAUAGUGAAGAGGACAGUGCUGAUCUUGUAAUGCGUUGGGAUGACAGCGGGCAUAGAAAAGGCUCUGCCAUGAACAGUCCAAAUCAGAUUUGUAUGUCAACACCAAAGACCAAAUGGUCCACGCCCAGUCUUUGUUUCUCUCCUAGGGUAAAAGUUAGCGGAAGAAGAUCCACCGCUUCUCGAAGAUCCCUUGCUAAUGUCAUCAUGGAUCAGGCAGAGGACAUUGCAGAGACUAUGGAAUCUACCUGCUUUGUGUCUUCUGAAAGGUCUUUUCAGGAUUACUUUGAAAGAGAACUAACUCAGGAAUACAUUGGCCUGGAAUCGGUGGAGCUGGAAGAGGAGCCAUUGGGUGAAACGCUAGAUUCUGAGAGCAAAUUUAGCUAUUCACAAGAUGCAGACUUUCCUGAGACGCAGGAGUCUUUUUGAGGGAGUAAAUCUUUUCCCUCCUAAAACUAUUCACAGUUUCUGGGGAGAAAAUACAACAGCAGUUUUUCUUAGCUACAGAAUUGUUCUAGAGGUUUUAUACUGUUAUUUUCUUUUUUUUUUUUUUUCUUUUUUGAGGCAGGGAGAAAUGAAACAAAAACUUAAACCACAUUUUGAAUUAUUACUUGUACUUUCAGAGACUCAUUAAAGGCGGUCUAUUGGU